AUGUAUUUUAUAAGAAAUAAUAAAAACAUGAUUAAUCGGGAGAUUAGGUAUGUUGGAAUGAACAAACAUAAGAGUAAUCUAAAAAAUAGAAAAAUGGCCCUUGUUGACCACCGAGCCAUUCAACCAGACUUGAUUUCGGAAUCAUUUUACUACGCCGCGGUGGGGACACACACAACGGAACUGACACAUUCCAUCCUUCACUUUAACUUUUCCGAUCGUACUCUUACGGUGUAUCCCGAAAAUUCAUUUCACACCCCCGAUGGGCCCACCUCCGAGGAAAUACUCUUUUCAAUGUUCGACUGCGCAUACAUCAUGCGUUCUGGAGAAGUCUCCAUUAUCAAAGUUGAAUUUUAUUCAACGAGAAAUAUGUACAUUCGCGCAAAUAACGUGAGUGACCACAACACACUCUACACAAUUUUUAGAGCACUCACAAGAAGCAUCAGAACACUUUUUAAAAAGGACUUUUUGGCGUUGGACUGGAGACAGAAGAUUAGGGUUUUUGACUGUACGUUUAGGGGAAGAACCGACCCUUUGGAAUUCACUAUUUACAAUGGAGUUGUCACUGUCUCGUACAAGAGAUGUGCUAUUCCAUGCAUCAUUAUUCCGAUGGACUCAACCGUAACUAUUUCGAGAAGAAAUUCUUUGCAUAUUACUUCGAACCUUAAAAAGGUGCUUCUUGUUCUUUCACCAGACGACUUACAAGAGGCGUUUAAGCUUCUUUCAAAUUGUAGGCAUAGAGUUGUCCCACCACCUCGCGUUGUAAACGACAUGAACGCCGGGAGACUGUCGGAACUAUCAAGCUAUGCAAUGCAGCUUGUCGAAGAGGAUGAGCUAUACCCCGAAGAAUGUCUGGAACACUUUGAUGAGCUGUGCGAAGUGCUCAAGUACAUUGGAAAGAAGAAAUACGCCACACGACAACAAAAGGUCGAUUACAUGAACGAGAAGUACCAGAAGAAGGAAAAACUGGACGACCCUCCGAAAGAGUAUCCCGAAGACGACCUGAUGCAGUACGUGACAUCAUCAAAUCCAUUUUUGGAAUUGCGUCGGUUGGAAUCAGUUGGGAAAGGUGGGUUUGGAGAGGUGUUCAAGGCGCAGAUGAAGAGCGAUGGUCGUUUUGUUGCUUUAAAAGUGUUGAAACACUCCAUAUCAGAAAGAUACACAAAAAUAGGGCAAGAGAUUGCGCGGAUGGCGACGUGGAAAAACGAGUAUUUGAUUGGGAUCGAGAAGUGUUGGUUGUAUGAGAAUCGUGUGUAUAUAGUGAUGCCGAUGUGCAAUGCAGGCAGUGUCAAAACGGUCGUGAAGAACAAGGAUCAUGUGUUUGCGCUUUGCGACGUGGCGUAUGUCAUCGGAAGUGUGUUAAAUGGGUUGGCGUACAUCCAUGAGAGAGGUUUUAUACAUCGAGAUAUCAAACCGGCCAAUAUUUUGAUGAACGAAAAUGGAGGAGUGAAACUUAUUGAUUUCGGACUUGUCACCCGCGUCGAGUCUAAGCCGCACACCCGUUCCGGGUCAAAGCAAUACAUGGCACCUGAAGUUAUUUUGCAGAAGGAGUACGACGAGAAGGUUGAUAUAUGGAGUAUUGGGUGUGUGACGCAAGAGCUGGCAGAAGGAAAGAGCCCGUACAGAGAAGAUGGAAUCGUCAAGUUGUUAUUUAGAACCGUCACCAAUGGGGCCAUGGGGUUGAGAAGAAUCAAGUAUUGGGACAACGUGUUCAUUGAUUUUGUCUCUCAGUGCUUCUACUACAAACCAGAACAAAGGUUGUCAGCUAAAGAGCUCUUAGCACAUCCGUUUAUUGGAUGGGCGACCACAAGCUACUUCUACAAAAAAUACCAUAAUUUACCUCAAUAA